UUUGUAAAAUCAUAAUGAAAUCCUUCUCAGAAACACAAAGCAGGGAGAACCCAGAGUUCCCUUAAUCCAACAGUCAACCAGCGCUCCACGUCAGUAUUGCUUUUUGGUCCCACGUGGCUGGUUGAUCGUUGGCCACGUCACCUUUCUGUUCAACUAUAGAACAGAACUUUCUUUCUCAUCUUCCUACCAAUUCGCUGGUCUAGAACAACAAUCGGAAAUAUGAGAAGAAUUUUUUCGAUAUCUUCGCUUCUGAAUAAGGGAUCUAUUCAACGAAGAGUUUCAAAUAAGUAUCUUAUCAAUGCAAUUCGUCCAUAUUCAGAGGAUCUAUCUUCCCCGAAAUCUCCAGGGCCUCUAUUGCAAUAUCGCAAGUUAGUGGAGCAAGGAAGGCUGCAGCAUGAUCCUUACCAAGAAAGGGUUGCUUUGGCAUUGGAAAAUUUGCUUGGGAGGUUGGAACAGUAUGAAAAAGAGAUGGAGGACUACCAUAUUAAGCUAGCUGAGUGGGAGAAAAACAGGGAGACUGAGCGUCGGAAGCUUUUGAUGGAGGAAGCUGAGCUCAAUCAGCGUGGGGACCUUUGGACAUCGGUUAAUAAGCGGAAGAGUGAACUUUUAGAAAGAUGGUCAUUCAGGAGAAAAUCUGAAGAUAUAGAACCUGGAGUUGGUAAGUGGGUUUCAUACCUCAAUCGUGAGAAGAAGUUGGAUUCACUUGUUGGUCGCCAUCCUACUGCUCCUCCAGCCCCAAAAGGACUCUAUAUAUAUGGGAAUGUUGGAAGUGGGAAGACAAUGCUUAUGGAUAUGUUUUAUAGUGCCACUGAGGGGAUAGUUAAACAUAGACAAAGGUUCCAUUUUCAUGAGGCAAUGCUCAAAAUAAAUGAAGCUAUGCAUAAAUUGUGGAAAAAUCAAGUUGAGGAAAAGUCUAUUCAGUCAAGCUUAUCUUCUUGGAUUAUGAAUCUUCCCUUUGAUAUGAAAGCCAAGGAGUGGUUAGCUGCUGAAGAAAGAUAUAAACAAGAGUUUCAGAUGAAAAAUAUUCUUCCAGCAGUAGCGGAUAAGUUUCUUGUUGACAGGCAAGCCGGUGAAAGAGGAGCUAGUAUUCUUUGCUUUGAUGAGAUACAGGCAGUUGAUGUGUUUGCUAUUGUGGCCUUAUCUGGAAUUGUAAGCAGAUUACUUAGUACUGGAACUGUUCUAGUUUCUACCAGUAAUCGGGCACCAAAGGAUUUAAAUCAGGAUGGUAUGCAGCGAGAGAUCUUCCUAAAAUUUGUAAAUAAGUUGGAAAAACACUGUGAGAUUAUUUUGGUUGGAAGUGAGGUCGAUUAUCGCCGACAAAUAGCACAGAGGUCUGUAGAUAAGGUUCAUUAUUUUUGGCCUCUCGAUGGAACUGCUUUAAAGGAAUUUGAGAAAAUGUGGUGUCAGGUUAUAAACCGGGCUGGAGGAGAAGUCACAUCCAAUACUGUUCCAGUGAUGUUUGGAAGGACACUGGAGGUUCCUCAGAGCUGUAACGGAGUAGCACGGUUCACAUUUGACUAUUUAUGUGGCCGGCCGGUAGGUGCUGCAGAUUAUAUCGCUGUUGCUAAAAGCCACCACACAGUCUUUAUCUCUGAUAUUCCAGUUAUGAGCAUGCGUAUCCGUGACAAGUGUUGUCUUUCAACAUUUCAGGCACGUAGAUUUAUUACUCUCAUCGAUGAACUAUACAACCAUCAUUGCUGCCUAUUUUGUUCAGCGGCUACUUCAAUUGAUGACUUAUUUCAAGGAACUGAAGAGGGUACACUUUUUGAUCUCGAAAGUUUUCAGUUCGAAACUGAGACAGAAGGUGCAAAACUUCGGCGAGAUGUUUUGGCAGAGGGGAGUGUGAGUUCAGGAGGUGCACCAGCUGGUAUAACAUCCAUGCUAUCUGGUCAAGAAGAGAUGUUUGCCUUCCGCCGAGCAGUAUCUCGCUUGAUCGAAAUGCAGACACCAUUAUACCUAGAAGGAGUUCGUUCCCUUCAUCCUUACUUCCAGAGGAAGCACCAAAGCUUCAAAAAUUGUAGUUAUAGUGCAAGCACAGUGCACCAUCAAGUAUCCCAUUGAGCAGUAAGUUUAUAUAGUGAUUAGAUUCUAUGCAUGUGUAUUCAACUCAUUUAUUUCUUAUUAACAGAAGUAAUGAAAUGAUAUAAUAAAAUCAAUCAAGUUGCCAGCAGCCUUUCUUCUUCGAGAAUUAACAUGAGCUAUAGUUGGAACUGAAAAUCCGAAGCUAAGAACUCGGAUGUUAUCUCCUUAUGGUAUCCUCCUUUUUGAAGGGUAUUUCAACAUUGUUGUGGUAAUUGCUGUAAGGGAGAUGUUCAAUUAUUCUCUCUGAAGUCUUCUGUUUGUGGAAUUUAUUCACCAUCUUAUUCAGUGGUAUUCGAUCAUCUUAUCCAGCUUGAUUCUCUA